CCUCGAGCUUCUCGAUCGCGCUGAUUUAGUUCGCCGGUGAAAGCAUUAGGGUUCGUUCACUGCGAUGGCUCUCGCGGGGCGCCUCAGAUCUGCCUUCCCUCUCUUAAACAAGGCCCUUUCCGCCGAAUCAUCAGUCCUCUUUACUCGAUCGGCCGCCGAGGGGUCCUUGGGAAACCUUAGCACGGGGCUGAGGACUUUUGCGACCCAGACACAACCAACUGAAGCAAAGGUCAAGGUGCCCUUGAAACUAUUUGGAGGUUCUGGAAAUUAUGCAACUGCUCUUUUCAUUGCUGCAAAUAAAGCAAAUGCAUUGGACAAGGUCGAAGCUGAGAUUCUUGAUGUGGUAGAGGCUUCCAAGAGGAGUCCUCGGUUUUCCAAGUUCAUCAGAGACAUGUCAAUUCCUAAAAAGACCCGUGUCAAAACUGUCACUGAAAUAUUUGCUGAAGCUGGAUUUUCUGAUGUCACCAAGAAUUUCUUAGCUGUCUUGGCUGAUAAUGGAAGGCUUGCACACAUAGAUCGUAUUUCUAAGAGAUUUGUUGAGUUGACUAUGGCACAAAGGGGAGAGGUUAAAGUCAUUGUUACAACAGUUAUCCCGCUUCCUGCGGAAGAAGAGAAGGAGCUUAAGUUGACUAUGCAAGAUAUUCUAGGGCCUGGAAAAACUGCCAAGAUCGAGCAGAAGAUCGAUACCGGAAUUCUUGGAGGAUUGGUGGUCGAGUUUGAAAACAAGGUCUUUGACAUGUCGAUAAAGACCAGGGCCAAGCAGAUGGAAAACUUCUUGAGGGAGCCUAUUAAUUUUGACAACCUCUAGGCCCUCUUCUCCCACAUCCUCGACGCUGCUGUUAUUCUCUGGUGGUUGACUUGAAAUAAAUUUAUGUGGAGAAGUGAACUCUGAAUAUUUCAAGGGUCGUCCCUGAAACAUAAUUCCAUUAAUUUUCUUUUGUUUUCGAGUUAAAUGAGAUGUUUAAAUUACACUUACCAGUGGCUGCCUCUGUAGACAUGUCAAUUGUAAGAAAAUUUGGAUUGUUGACUUGGAGAUAAAAAUGCUCCUAGAGAAUACAA